CUGCACACACUUGCACACUUCAGCACUGUUGGGCAGAAGGGAAGCCCUGCAGAGGGUAGCACACACAGCUGGAGGGAGGACACAGCGGGGUGCACUGCUGACAGACAAGCCAGGAUGGACCUGACUUCAGUUCUCUCCCUGGAAACCUGGGUCCUCCUGGCAAUCAGUCUGGUGCUUUUAUACCGACUCGGGACCCAUAAACAUGACAUCUUUAAGAAACAUGGAAUUCCUGGGCCCAAGCCUCUGCCAUUCGUAGGAACUCUGCUGAGUUACUACAAGGGUACAUGGAAAUUUGACAUUGAGUGCUAUAAAAAGUAUGGGAAAAUAUGGGGGUUGUUUUAUGGUCAAAUGAGUUAUUUGUGUCUAGGCAUGAGCUAAUGAAUCUCUUAUGCU